UACCCACAAAGGAUGAGACUGUAAAGACAACAAGUAUCAACAACUUUUUCUUAGACAUCCUGUAGAUAAAGUUUCCUCCAGAGGUUUGAUGAGGAACUAAUGAGCCUAUACUUCCUCACUUCCUGUUAAAACCUUGUGAAAAGUGAAAAGUGAAAAUAAGAAAUAAAAUGAGGAGAUAAACGGUAGAAAAUGAAAUCAAAUUUUCCGAGUCAGCUGUUGCUCACGUGUCUCAUCCUAGCGGCCAAAUUAAACACUGUUCUUCUCGUAGAGCUUUAUCAUCAGGAUGGAGGAGCCAAGUGGGAGAUCCAGGGACCAGUCUCAAGGUUCAUUUGUGAAUCCUGGGAAUCUGUAAAGGUUGGUCCAGGGACCCUGCCUGACAACGUGGAAUACAUACAGAUUGAAAACUGUAAAGAGGUAGAGCUGGAGACUAAACUGUUUAAUCAUAUCAAUAAUCUUGUAAAUAUCACAGUCAGAAAUGUUGGAAAACUGAUUCUUCACCCAGACCUUUACGAGUCUAGAGGGUCAGGAGGGAAAUCAUUUAAACUUCAAACCUUCGAGAUUCAAAACAUAAGAGAUCUUCAGGUGCGCCGCUAUGCGUUCCGAGGAGUUGAGAUCACCAAACGGUUUUAUCUGGGGGAAGUAAAGAUCUCCACAGUUGUACCAAUGUCAUUUGCUUUCGACUUUGUUCAGGAGUUUUCAAUAUUCGCCAGCAAAUUUGAUCGAAUCUCUAUGUGGGGAAUAAAACUAAACAGAUGCGGAGAGUUUAAUAUAUUGGGGAUGACACAUUUUGCAUCAUUAGCUGCUCAUGCUAUUAAAGCCAGGUGUGAUAAGUUUUCAAUGUCUUACAACUGGUUUGGUAACGUGCAUGAUUCUUCGUUCGAGGUUGAAUAUGGAUUAUGCGAUAUACAAGGAAACACUUUUCUAAGCCUGGGAGGAAAACCAUUUCUGGAUCUUAAACCUCUAGAUCCAGCUGAUCUGGCAGAGGUUAAGCUGACUGGAUUUGUUUUUAGAGAAAACCUGUUUCCCUCGGACCCAGUACUUCCAUUCGGUUCUCUAGCUAUGCCAAGCUUUGAUAGAAUAUCGAGAGAUUCUUCAUACGUGGACAUAGAAAUAAACCAGUUUCCUUGUGAUUGUGAAUCUGUUGGAUGGCUGCUCGCCUACGGUCAGCAUGGUUAUAAUAGUAGAAGUUUGGCAGAAAUAUCACAGGUGAAAGGGUCUGGAUCUCUUGGUUUCCUUCGUCAACUUUAUACAUCAGCGGGGAAAUGUUUAUCUUGUACACAUACAGAGUGCAGAAGUACAGAGGAGAGCUUACAAGAAUAUGGAGCUCAAUCUCUAACUGUCAACAAAGAUCUGCUCAGUUGUAAGAGUGGAUUAGUAAUCAAGAACUAUGAUAGUACUAGUGCUGAUCAUGAUUUGAUCAUACUUCCUAAACCGUGGAGGGAGGAUAAGAAUGACGAGAAAAGCAAAGUUUCGACAGAUGUGCCUGCAUCAAGUAAAACUACUGAAGAAAAAUCUCCGUCAGAACCCAACCCAACCUCCCCAACUAACCCCCGCCCAACCCAGGCUCAGAGUAGGCUCGCCAGCUCAUCGGUGUGCAUCAGUUCUUUUCUUCCAACCUUCUACUUUUUAUACAUUAUACAUUCAAGUUUAUAAAUAUUAUACAUUCUGUUAUUGUAAAUAUAUGAUAAUAUUAAUAUU